UUGAGUCCUAGGAGCUGAGCCCGGGUCGCCACGGCCUCCUCUUCGUCUCUGCCUCCUUCUGUGAUGUAAAACAACCUCCGGGGCUGGCUUUUUUUCCCCUGCCUGCCGCGUUCUGGUGACCUCUGAGUAAGGUUGUCUCUUUCUCUUCUCCAGAAUACCCGGGGACAGCCUUCCCUACUUUAUGCGGACGCCAGGGACCUGUUCCUGGAUUUUCUUCUUUUCCCUGGGUCCAUUUCUGCCAAGGGGAGGGCUGUUUGCAAUACAACCCGAGAGGAGUAGGCCCCAGCCCAGCCAUGGAAACGUGUGCUGUGGUCAUUCAUUUCCCUUGAACCUGUACAUGGUUUGAAGACGCCGCCCCUCACCACCCACUGGACUAUGCCCGAGGCUUUCCUGCCUGAUGAUUCUCUUGCAACAGGCCGGGCUUCCUCCACCUAAGCGGCCCUCGACCUCUCCUCCUAUGUCAGUGGCUGCCAGGUCCACAAGGACCUUGCAGCUUCCGCCACAGAAGCCUUUUGGGCAGGAAGCAUCCUUGCCUCUGGCAGGGGAAGAGGAGCUAGCUAAGGGAGGGGAACCAGACUCUGCCCUGGAGGAGCUGUGCAAGCCCCUCUUCUGCAAACUCUGCAAUGUCACCUUGAACUCUGCUCAGCAAGCCCAGGCACACUAUCAGGGUAAAAACCAUGGCAAGAAACUCCGAAAUUAUUAUGCAGCUAACAGCUGUCCUCCUCCAACCAGGAUGAGCAGCGUGGCAGAGCCUGUAGCCACACCCCUUGUUCCUGUCCCUCCACAGGUGGGCUCCUGCAAGCCAGGGGGCAGAGUGAUCCUGGCCACAGAGAAUGACUAUUGCAAGCUGUGUGAUGCCUCCUUCAGCUCCCCUGCCGUGGCGCAGGCCCACUACCAGGGCAAGAACCAUGCCAAGAGACUUCGCCUGGCUGAAGCUCAGAGUAACUCGUUCUCGGACUCCGCAGAGGCGGGGCCAAGGCGGACCCGGAAAGAAGGGAGUGAAUUUAAGAUGAUGGCCACCAGGAGGAAUAUGCACUCAGUCCAGAACAAUUCAGGUCCUUACUUCAAUGCCCGCUCUCGGCAGAGGAUCCCACGAGACCUUGCCAUGUGCGUCACUCCCAGUGGGCAGUUUUACUGCUCCAUGUGUAACGUGGGCGCCGGGGAAGAAGUGGAGUUCCGGCAGCAUCUGGAGAGCAAGCUGCACAAGAGCAAGGUGUCCGAGCAGCGGUACCGGAGUGAGAUGGAGAACCUGGGCUAUGUACAGUGAUGCCCGUGCUCAUGGAGAAGCUGGGCCCGCCUGUCGUUUGCCUUCUGUCGGCCUGCCUUGCUUUGUGGUCCCCUUGAUACGUACAUUCCUCCUCCCUCUGCUUCAUAACCUGCGGUGGUGCCAUGAGUCGUCCAGUCGGGCUGGGGGAGGGAGCUGUGCUUCUUAGGUCGCCAUGCUGUUUGGGGCCAGCUGUGUCAGAUGGCUCGCAGUGUGUGACCUACCUGCCCCGUCAGGAGUAACUUCUUAUCUUGACCAAGUUUUGCUUAACCAGGAGUAGCUUGGCCGUCUAGAGCUAUGAUCAUUUAAAAACGGCAUCUACUUUUGCAGUUUUAGUCUUAGGCGAAGACUUGAUUUGAGUCUGUUCCUCAGAUUAUUGUGGAGAGAGGGAAACCCAGACUCCCGUUUCCUGACGGUCCUGGGGAACCAUCGCCACAGUGCGGUGUCAUUUCAGUAUGAUGUGCUACUGUGGUGUGUGCUUGGGUCCCCCCGCAACAGUUUGUCCCGUUUUAAUCCAGAAUUCUUUUUUUUUUUUUUUUUUUUUUUUUGGUUUUUACGAGACAGGGUUUCUCUGUAUUGUUUUGGAGGCUAUCGGUCCAGCCCGGCCCCGAACUCACAGAGAUCCGCCUGCCUCUGCCUCCCGAGUGCUGGGAUUAAAGGCGUGCGCCACCACCGCCCGGCUAGAAUUCUUACGUUCUUUUGAGGAUGUAGCCUCAUCUCCAGUUGAGAAUGGCACACGUCUAAUCCCUACCCGCUCUUCCCUCCUACUUGGGUCAGCCUGCCUAUCAGUUCGACUGUGUAAUGAGUUGAAAAUGGAUAUUCUUUUAGAAAACAUAUUUUCAGGUGAUUCAAGGAAAUGCAUGCAUGUGUUUGAGAUUUAGUUUGGAAUUAUAUUUUCACUGAUAAUUACGUGGACUCAUGGGCUAGUCAUUGUCUUGUGGCUUUUUGAUGAUUGUAUCCUGACACUGCCCCUGCCGGUAAUGGGCACCCACGGAAAAUGCCGCUCUCUAUUUCUGACGUGCAGAGGAUGCUUUUAAAAAAGCAGAUCAAGUUUCAAUGUCAUUUCCAGUAGAAGAAUGCACAGACAUUGUGUUUUCUCCUUUGCCUCCUUGAAGAGACUGAGAACAUAGAUGGCUUUAGGUGUCUAAUGAUUCUAGUGGGAUUAUUAUUUUUAAAUAAAAAGCCAUAGUGUAUGUCCAGAUCGACUGCCGGAGUAUUAUGUGAACUUGUGUUCACUGUGUUUUCUCUCUUGCCGCACGUGGUAAAAGCGGCAUGCCCAGCCCAUGCUUUUCGGGAAGCACGCUUCUGCUGAAGGCCUAUAGCAAGCAGUAUUUUGCACUAUGACAAAUGCACAUUUUAUUAUUCAUGUCACCACUGGAAACCUCUGUGUAACCUGGAGAAUUCUCCAGGAAAACAGAUGGAGAGCAAGGAAGCGCUCACCACCCCUUCCAUGCUUGCUUUAAAACAGUUGAAACUCACAAUUAAAGGUUACUUUUGUGAUUAA